UUGUAGACAGUUGAUUGUUUCAAGUGAAUAGAUUUAAUUUUUAUUCAUUGACCUGAAGUAUUUUGUUUCUUUUGCGACACAAGGGACGCUGUGUAAUCAAUUCUUUGACACCCCGAUAUGGCGGUACCAGUGGCAGCAGAUGAAGACUACCCGAAGGUUAUUGGGAGGAACGCUUGGAAGUCGCAACCCCCAAAGUUCCGCAAACCCAUGGACACCCCUGUGGGGGAUGUGGUGUACACAGAGACAGAUACCAAACCUUGCUUUACUAAACAGGAGUGUAUAAAGCGGGUGCAACAAAUACAACGAUAUCAUAUGGAAGCAAAGGGGAUGCCUGACAUACAACAUAAUUUCCUAAUCGGAGGUGAUGGAAAUAUCUAUGUUGGCCGAGGGUGGUGGACCGAAGGACCAGAAUAUCCUAAAAACCAUAAAAUACCGAAAGAAAUGACUGGAAAAAGUGUUGAAGUGGCUUUUAUCGGGGAGUACAAAGACAACGACCCAACGCCAGAAAUGAUAGAAGCGACGAAGAGGCUGAUACGAUUUGGAUUAGAAAAUAGAGUUCUAGAUGUCACAAAGUCUCAAAAGAAAUCUACUUCGUAGCUAUAGUAAAACAUUUCUCUAAUUAAA